AUGUCUGCUGCUGACUCUUCUGUUGAAACCACUAAUGUCCCCGCUGUUGAAUCUACCGAAAACACUACUCCUGUUGAACAGAGUGUAGCUGAAACAUGUGAGGCCAAAGUGGAAACUCCAGUAGUCGAGUCAACAACUACCGAUGUUGCUGAAACUGCCGCUACUGAAGAAGCUACUACCACUGCUGAAGUUGCUAAGGAUGUCAAAGUCGAAGUAUCCACAACUAACACCGAAGCUCCUGCUGAUGCUACCACUGAAGAACCUUCUGUUGAUGUAAAAGCCGAGAUCAAAACCGAAGAAGCUACCAGCACCACCGCGACUACCGAUGCUCCAGUAGAAGAAGUUGCUCAAUCAGAAGUUGCCGAAUCAGUUGUCACAGAAGAAGCCAAUGUCGAAGAGCCUACAAUGACAAAGGAAGAAAAAAUCGCUAAAGCCAAGGAAAUUUUCAACGAAGGAAAGAAGUGUUACCUCUCCGGAACAUAUGUUCCUGCCUCUGAGAAAUUGAGUGAAGCUCUUAACUACGGUGUUGAGGUUUAUGGCGAGUUCGCUGUUGAGAAUUACCAGAACUAUUACUUCUACGGUAAAGCCCUUCUUGAAAUCGGAAGAGCUGAGGAAGAUGUUCUUAAAACCGCUUUGAAGGACAUGCCUCUUCCUGAGGAGAAUGCUGACAUUGAUGAUGAGCAGUAUGGAAACCCAGAAACCCUCACCGAGGAAGAGCGGGAAGAAAUCAAGGAACAAGUUGACGAUGCUCUUGCUGAGAACUCUGCCGAACUUGAUAGAAAGCUUAAGGAGAAGCUUGGUGAAACUGAGAACAAAGAAACCGAAGAGGUUGAGCAAAUGGAGACCGAGGAAAAAGCUACCACUGAGGCUGAAGCUGAAACCCCUGCUGAGCAGGAUGAGGCCGAACCUGAAACUACCACUGAGGUAAAGGAAGCCGAAGCCACUACUGAGGAUGCUGCUAUGGAGGAAGGAGAUGCGGAAGCCGAAGGUGAAGAGGGAGAUGCUGAAGGAGAAGGGGAUGAGGAAGAAAAUGAACCAUCUUCUAUCCAAGCUGCUUGGGAGAUUCUCGAGGUUGCUAGAAAGAUCUGUGAUGCCCAAGAACAGAACAAGGAGUGGGAACUCAACAAAGCUGAUGUUUAUCUUGCCCUUGGAGAAUGCUCUGUCGAAGACGAGAACUAUACCCAAGCUGUUGACGAUAUUUCCGUUUCCAUUGAACUUUAUGGUAAACACAUGGAAAAGACCAGCAGAACUAUUGCUCGUGCUUUGAUCAUCAUGGCCAGAGCCUACAAGCUCAAUGAUGAUUUCCUCGGAGCUAGUGGUUUCUACGCCAAAGCCAAAGAAAGCCUUGUUGGUAAACGUGCAUCUCUUGAAUCUGCUGAAGGAACUGAAGAAGAGAAGACUGAAAACCUCAAAGAGGUUGCAGAGCUUAAUGAGUUAAUUGCUGAUAUCGAUAUGAAGAUUGAAGAUGCUAAGGAAAGUGCCCAACAGAGUGAUGAGAAUAUUGCCAAAAUCAAGGAGCAACUUGGACUUAACAAGGGAACUCCUGCCCUAGCUGAGAAGACUGAUGCUCCAGCAAAAGACAUUACUGACAUGGUCCGCAAAGGAGUUAAAAGAACUGCCGAGACCAACCAAACUGAUGAAUCCAAACGUCUCAAAGAAAUUAACGCCGCUGAUUAA